CCAUUCCUCACAAGCAUCUUCCAUUCAAUUCACAUUAAUUCGACUCUCCAUAACCUCUCUGAAGACAAACUUUGUGUCUUUCUUUCUGUAUCUAGCACUUGAGGAAAUAAAAUAAAACAUAAAGCACAAAAAGAAGAAGAAAGAUGGUGGUGUUGUCCAAACCAACAACAGAGCAGUACUCCUGCAUAAGGAAAACACCCACAUUCCCUACAUCCAUCGUCCCUGUGGUGGACCUUUCCAAACCCGGGGACGCAAAGACUCUCAUCUUGAAGGCGUGUGAGGACUAUGGCUUCUUCAAGGUCAUUAACCAUGCUGUCCCUAUGGAGGCUAUCUCCAACCUGGAGUCCCAAGCCGCAGAGUUCUUCUCCCUCCCCCUCACUCAGAAGGAGAAAGCAGGCACUCCCAAUCCAUUUGGGUAUGGCAACAAGAACAUUGGACGCAACGGUGACCUUGGUUGGGUCGAGUACCUUCUUCUCACAAACAACCAUGACUACAACUUCAUCAGACUCUCUUCUGUUUUUGGUCCAAAAGCAGAGCAGUUUCGGAAUGUGCUAAGUGAUUACAUGUGUGGUGUGAGGAAGAUGGCAUGUGUGAUUCUUGAGCUGAUGGCUGAGGGAUUGAACAUUGAGGAAAAGAAUGUGUUCAGCAAGAUGAUGAUGGACAAGGAGAGUGACUCAGUCUUCAGGCUCAACCAUUACCCUCCAUAUCCUGAGAACUUCAAUAAUAAUGGCAAAGGCAUGAUUGGUUUUGGUGAGCAUACAGACCCACAAAUCAUAUCGCUGUUGAGGUCCAACAACAGUUCGGGACUCCAAAUUUGUCUGAGAGAUAGGAGUUGGGUUUCGGUGCCACCUGAUCACAACUCUUUCUUUGUCAAUGUCGGUGAUGCUCUGCAGGUUUUGACCAAUGGACGGUUUCGGAGCGUACGGCACAGGGUUCUGGCAAAUGGGUUGAAAUCAAGGCUGUCAAUGAUUUACUUUUGUGGUCCACCUCUGAGUGAGAGAAUAGCCCCAUUGCCAUCUCUCUUAUUGAAUGGAAAGGAAAGCUUAUACAAUGACUUUACUUGGUUUGAGUAUAAGAGUUCUGCUUAUGCCACAAGACUCGCAGAUAACAGGCUUAGUCGCUUCGAGAGAAUUUCCACUACUUCUGCUUCCUCAUAAUGCACCAAUAUAUUUUGUAUGUGUCUUUAUUUUUUGUUUUUACAAUUAAAUAAGAUUGUGUAUUUGAUGUCUCUAUACUUUUAUGUUAGGGCACUUGUCAAUAGUGUAUAGGACUUUAGUAAUAUACAUAUAAGAUUUUGUUCCUUUAA